AAGACGCCGAUGAUUUCCUAACCUUCAAGCGGGAGAGGCGCGCGCUCACUGUUACGAUUUAACAUUCAACGUAACAACCUACUGGAAACUUCAAAGGAAUUAACCCGACGGACAGGAUUUUAUUUUUAACAGCUCAAUCCAGAGUGGAAAUAUGAAGUUUUCAGUAGUUUUGUGUCAUUUCGUCUUUGCCCUUGUGGCGGUCACAUGGGUGAACGGUGCGUCUAUCGAGAGGUUCGAGAACGAGAGUCCUGCACAGACAGCUGUCAUAGACCUUUUGGAGGUAUUGAAUGAACGGGGAUCUUCGGUGGGUAACAAGCAAGUGGAAUAUCAGGAAGAGGAUGAUGAUGAGUAUUACUUUGAUGACGAAGAGGAAGAAGAUGAGGUUUCUGGGGAUUACGGUUUGCCUUUAGUGGCAUUUUCAAGCAAACCAAAAGAUCCAAGUGCGGUUUUGAAUGCAGAAAAAAUGGAGGGCUCGAGGAGGAAGGGUCAAGGAAGGAAGAAGACGAAAGGAAAGGGAAAAGGAAAGAAGAGGAAUCCGUGUCUGAAAAAAUACAAAGACUUUUGUAUCCACGGAACCUGCCAGUACCUUAAAGACAUAAAGGGACCUUCAUGCAUAUGUGACACGGGUUACUCGGGCGAGCGAUGUCAUAGUUUCUCCUUGGAGGUUAGGACCGAAGAAAGCGCUUACAACCGCACGACGGCGCUUGCUGUGGUGGCCGUGGUGCUUUCUUGUCUGUGUCUCACCAUCAUUGUGCUCCUAUUGGCUCUGAGGUUUCACAAGCGAGAUGCUUAUAACGUAGAAAGCGAGGAGAAAAUUAAACUGGGAGCCGCCCCACACCACUAAGAUAAGAGCGUGUGACCGUAUGGAAAUUCUACCUCCGAAAUAAAGUGGCAAAGUUGAAUGUUUUAAGGAACAGUGGGCAUGGCUUGCUGGAGAACAGGGUUGAGUGACGUUGCUUGUUUGGCUCGGCACAUCCUUCAAAGGCCCGAUUCGUGGAUGUCUCUCUUAAAGGUUCUCCGCUAAAAAGAGUAAAGCUAGCUCAACGCCUGCCACAAACUGGAACCCCUGCAGACCAGCCAGGUCUGGAAGAGACUCUGGGCUGUUCGGACAUUUUAGUUCGAGAUGUCCAAAUAAGAAGGAACUUUCGAGAGUUAGGAAUGUAGUUUGGGGUUUGGUGGUGAGGCUUUUAUCAAAAGAGCCUCGUCUGAAAUAAGUAUUCUUAUAAGCAUUUUUGUUGUCUUGUGCACUGUGUAUUUAUUGGCUGGCUAUGCUUUUAUUUAUGUACAUGUAUAUAUUUAUAUUUAUUUGGAUUUAGACCAACUUUGUGCACUGCCGUUCUAUUUAAAAGUCUCGCGUUUUAUGUCUGUAACGUAUUUAUUUAUUAAAAAAAGCUGUUAGUAGUUAAUAUUUAAGAGAGAGUACUGAAUAUAUUCGACUGAACAUCAAAAUAAUAGUUUGCAAAAAUUUUGAUAUUUUUGAUGCAUUUAAUGAAGAAAUUAUUUUUCAAUAUUUCUAUUAUUUUAAUCUCCAGGACAGUGUUAGAAUGUAUUUCCAGCAUAUUUUUAAAAUCAUAUUUCAAGCUCCGUUUUUCUUUUGUUUUUAAGAAAAUAAAGUAACACUUUACAAUAA